UUAGGAGAGUUUCGUGUUCACGAUUUUGGCAUGUUUUUCCUCCGUCUUCAUCACGGCUAUAGUUCAUACGUUAACCCCUGAUUUCAACAUUAUUUACUAUACAUUUGAUCACUCUUCUCGUGAUUAUUGAUCAUCAAUCAUCACAACUCACUACACACUUUUGAGUUUCAUUUGUCGGAAACUAUCUGAUCGAUGAAGUCCAGAGGUAAAAUAGGCGGGUGGUCUACUCUUGGUUUACCUGCUGUUUUCAUCUUAUGUAUCUUCGUCUUCUUUUUGGGAUUCUUCGGUUCAUCUUUAUUAUCUCAACAGGUUGAAAAUGAAUUUAGUUUACAUCCAAGACGUCCUAGGGUACUCAACCAGAAUGAAUAUGAACCGCUGCCUAGAGGAGAUUCUGGUGAUGACUCCUUAACCACCAUUCCUUUUCAGGUAUUAAGUUGGACGCCUCGAGCACAAUACUUUCCAGGUUUCGCAACAGCACAACAAUGUGAAAGCAUAAUCAAGAUGGCUGAGGUUAGACUCUCGCCUUCAGGCUUGGCUUUACGGAAGGGAGAUACAACUGAAAGUACAAAGGGAGUUAGAACAAGUUCUGGCAUGUUCAUAAGUGCAUCUGAAGACAAAACGGGUACCUUAGCUCUCAUUGAGAAGAAGAUUGAAAGGGCUACAAUGAUCCCCAGAAUUCAUGGAGAGAUGUUCAAUGUUUUAAGGUAUGAGAUUGGGCAGAGGUAUCUUCAACAUUAUGAUAGUUUUAAUCCUAUUGAGUACGGUCCACAGAAGAGCCAGCGGAUGGCUUCUUUCUUGUUGUAUUUAUCUGAUGUUGAAGAAGGUGGCGAAACCAUGUUUCCAUAUGAGAAUGAUGAAAGUAUGAGUUCGACUUAUGAUGUCGAAAAGUGUAAUGGCUUGAAAGUAAAACCACGAAAAGGUGACGGACUAUUGUUUUAUUCAUUAUACCCGAAUGGUACUAUUGACCCGACAUCGCUUCAUGGGGGUUGCGCUGUAAUCAAAGGCCAAAAAUGGGUGGCCACGAAAUGGAUUAGGAAUCAAGAAGAAUUCUAUUGAUAUAAAUUUAUAGCAAUUCCUCUUUUUCAUUCAAAGGUUUUACUAUAUGUGCGUUUUCAGUGUGUUGGAUCAUAAUUUUUUUAAACAACAUUACAACGGUUCUUAGAACACGAUGUACAUCACUAAGACCAUCUGUAGUCAUAAAACUCUUUGUGGGGCGUUAUGUAACAAGUGGCGAAACGCGUAAAAGAGGGGCUUUAUGAGACUUUAUAUCACAA